AUGAAGUCGGCCUGGUCCAAUAAAGCCGCCGGCCUCGCCUCGCCCGCCUGCAACCAGCUAAGGACAGGGCGGAGGGGAGGAAGGAGACGGAGAGAGGUGGAGGUGGGAUUCGCCAUGGACAUCAUCACGCAGCUGCAGGACCAGCUCGACGAGAUGGCCGUGCUCGCCGUCAACACCUUCGGCACGCUGCAGCGGGACGCGCCGCCCGACCGCCUCUCCAGCAGCUACCCGGACCCACUCAACCCCAACCCUAAGCCCGAGGACGACUCCAAGCCCCAGGUCCAGGCCCAGCCCGGCGCGCCGCCGCCACCGCCGCCGCCGGCGCAGGCGCAGCCACCCGCGCCUGACCUCUCCGAGCAACCUAAGGCCAUGAGCCACGCCCUCGUCCUCGCGGCCAAGAAGUUUGAUGCACUUGUUGCGGCAUUGCCACUAUCAUCAGAAGAGGAUCAAGUGAAAAGAAUCCAAGAGCUACAGGCAGAGAAUGAAGUCGUGGGAUUGGAGCUCCAGAAGCAACUUGAAGCUGCUGGAAGGGAGUUGAAGCAGGUUGAGGUGCUGUUCAAUGAAGCAACGGACAAUUGUAUAAAUUUUAAGAGGCUAGAUUAA